AUGCCGAUGUCGCCAUUGCAGCGCUCGGGUCUGACGCGGCUCGCGAGUCGCCGCCUGACGCAGUUCCAAGGCGCUGACGCGUCGCGCUUUCUGCAGGCGCUGCUGACCAAUGACAUGAAGAACCUGACGAGGCGUGGAGACGCCAUCUACGGCGCGUUCUUGAGCACGAAAGGACGUGUAAUAGGCGACUGCCACGUGCUGCAGCUGCAAGACGACGCGUUUGUACUGGAUUAUGACAAGGGCGUGGCGGGAGACCUGAUGAAGCACUGGAAGAGGUACAAGCUGCGGAUGAAGGUGGCGAUCGAGGACAAGACGGACGCGCUAGCGCUCUACGUGACGCUGCCGGCGAUGCUGAAGGAUUCCGGGUCUUUAUUGCGUAAUGAAACGGCUCUUGGGACGGUAACCGAGCAGCUACAGAAGCUGUGGAACGCUUCAGGAGAAGAGGGUGAGGCAGUCGUGUUUGCUGAUCCGCGUGGACAUGAGUUUGGUGUCCGAGCAAUCGUCCCGGUUGAUGCUACGGUGGAUGUGCCGGAAGGAUACGAGAUGAUGGAGCCGUCGGCGUACGUGGACCGUUGCAUCGCCCUUGGAGUCGCUGAAGCGACGGAGCUGGUCGAUGGGAUUCCACUCGAGUGUAAUCUUGACAUGUUGCACGGGGUGUCGUUUCGCAAAGGCUGCUACGUUGGUCAGGAGCUCACAGCUCGCACACAGUUUAAGGGCAACAUCCGUAAACGGAUCGUACCCGCGGCACUGGUUCCUGCGGAGCAACACGACGUUGUAAAAGCGCUGUCGGAGGGUGCUUUCAAGCCGUUCGAUUCACCGUCGCUCGCCGCGCUGCGGACUUACAUGGCCGACUCAAGGGGUUGGAAGAAUGUGAAGGUGCCUGCGAUUGGUGACAAGGUCGUAGUCACGGGUGAAGAGAAAGCGGUCGGGACGAUCUACAACGUCGGGAAAGACGUGAGCGGCGCUAUUGUCAUGAUGCGUCUCAGCCACUUGCUUCCAUCCGUUUCGGACGACGGGGAGAUGGUGCCAACGAUGAAAUUCUCGACCCAGGACGGUGCUUUCCACGUUGUUCCGUAUCAACCGUCGUGGUGGCCUCAGUUGGAUGUAAAGACAGGAAAGACGAUGUUGCUGUAA